GGGCUGCUCUUUCCACUCGAGCUUAAAAGGACAGGCAAUUCCCUCGAGUCUUGUCCUUUUAUUCUCAACCAUCUUCUACAUCUUGAUUCUUUUCUACCUCUGCAUCACCUUCGCUCAGCAAGUCAGAUCUGUGACACUUGUGCACUCUCGCUCUCUCGCUCUUUUGAUUUCCAGCAUCUUGCCAUUCCAGUUCAGAUCAAGCCCAUCUCCAACAGCCAGAAAACCACUCGUCGUCCUCCACAAUGGCGUAUUCCAUGGCCGGCCCUGUCACCGACUCGAAGCUCCUCGCUUCUCACCAGGACUUCAAGCUGCCUGAUCCUCCCGCCGAGAUGUCCAGCCUGCCCAAUGGCUUCCCCUCUGUCCUGGACUCGCCUUUGGCAUGGACUGGCCAGCAAUUGGCUUGCCAGUCUGACUACAUCCACCAUUUGAGCCAGGACGAGAUCCAGGAGAUUGAGGCUGCUCUCCAGCACUUCAAGGCUCUUGAAUUGGACGGUGAUCUCGUCACUCCUGACACCUUCCCGCUCCCCACUGUUGGCCCCAACGUGCUGAGCCGUAUGCGUGAUGAUCUUCACCAAGGCAAAGGAUUUGCCGUUCUCCGGGGACUCGAUUCCAAGAAGUACUCUGUCGAAGACUUGACGACCAUCUAUCUCGGCGUCCAGGCCUACAUCGCGAACCGCUGUGGCCGCCAGGACAAGAAGGGUAACAUGCUGGUUCACAUCAUUGCCGAUAACUCAUCUAAGGAGAAGGCCGAGCACCAUCGCCACUCAACCUCCCCAAUUACCUUCCACAAUGAGGAGGCUGGAGACAUCGUGAGCUGGCUCACCAGGAAUGCUGCCAAAUCUGGAGGCAAAUGCAUCAUUGCCUCGACCUACACCGUCUACAACGUGCUCUCCGCCACUCGCCCCGAUCUGAUCCGAACUCUGGCUCGAUCUGACUGGCCAUUUGCAUUCCCCAAGUUUCAAUGCCGACCUGUUUUCUUCUACGAAGAUGGCCGGCUGAUCACCAACUUCGGUCGAGCUGCUCUCAUGGGAAGCGCAAGCCACGCCAGACCUGCUCAUCUGCCAGUUCUCACCGCCAACCAAGUUGAGGCUCUGGAUGCGAUCCAGGACAUUGCAGAGGCAACCAAGUUCGAGUUCAGCACCAAGGCAGGUGACAUUCACUUCAUCAACAACCUGGCUGUCCUCCACCGACGUGCGGGCUUUGUCAACGGCGCAGAAGCCGAUCAGCGCAGACACCUUGUGCGCAUGAGACUCCGGGAUGACGAUAUGGGAUGGAAAAUCCCUGUUGACCUUCAGCUCGAGUGGAACAAGGCUUUUGGCCCCGCAGGAACUCAGGUGUGGCACCUUGAGCCUAUGCCUACUGGAUACUUCCCUCUGCGAUCCCAGCCGAACUAGGCUGGUAAGUCAGCGUCGCCCGAUUGGAACAUGCUCUCAGAUCCCACAACCAGAAGAUCCCUCGGGAUAUGGGAUGGUUGGAAAGGGUGAUGCCAGUCGAGAGUGCUACUGAUCGGGAAGAACACCUCCCUACAUUAGCGAAUGAUGUUUUUGAAGUUUUGAUCCCGAUGCCGUCCUACGACAGGCAAGGGAAAAAAAGGGUGAAGGGGUUAAAAACAUAGACAGGGGGAUCUGCAAGGAUCUUUAGACAAAAGCUCAGUGCGUUGCUUUGUUUGCUCGUUUCUUUUGCUGGUAGUAUUAUAGACAGGAUGCGUUGGGACCACUUCCCUCAGAAUGGAUUUGCCGCUCACGGCUUUCGCGAUAAGUAUAGAAAUAGAUAAGAUAGAUUGACCAAGAAUGCAUAUUUUGACAUU